CCCCAAUCCCGAAGUGUUCCACCCGCUACCCGAAAGGCUGCGCUGUGCUCCGGGAGGUGUCCAGACUCAUUUAUUUUAUCCGAUGAUCAUCAAUAUCAUGAUUCGAUGACGUAAUUACACAUCGAAAAAAAGGCUUUGCACAAAUAGACCUCGGGCUGAGCAGGAUAGUAGAAAGUAGUCUGAAGUGACCACUUACUUUGGUAUAAUCUUCAAACUUUCCAAUCACCACGUUUUCUCUCCUCUCCAAAACUCUCAAGAUGACGCCGCCACCAGAAUUCUGUCAGAGCCCGGACAAGCCUUUUAACGUAGCAGUGGUCGGAGGCGGCAUCGCCGGCCUGACGCUCACCCUUCAGCUACUCCAGAAUCGGAUACCGACGACGCUGUAUGAGCAAGCACCAAAGUUUGGCGAGAUCGGCGCGGGCGUAUCGUUCGGUCCAAACGGCCUUAGGGCCAUGUCUUUAAUCUCACCGCACGUACGGCAAGCCUGCGAGAACCAAGCGACGAAUAACGAAUCAAAGGACCACCAGAACGUAUGGUUUGAUUUCAGAUACGGCGAGACCUGUGAAGGCAAGCACCGCGAGGGUGAGUUCAUUUACCGUCUGAUCUGCGAGACUGGCCAGACCGGUAUUCACCGAGCACACUUUCUGGAUGAACUGGUCAAGCUACUGCCUGAUGGGGUUGCGAAAUUCAGCAAAUGUGCAGUCGGUUACGAAGAUGAUGGCACGCGGGUGUUGCUCAAGUUCCAAGACGGCACUACCGCUACACAUGACGCAGUGAUUGCAUGUGAUGGCAUUAAGUCAAAGUUGAGACGCGUGAUGCUUGGCGAUGACCAUCCUGCCUCGAGGCCCGUCUUCUCCGGAAAGUACGCAUACCGGGGUCUCAUCCCUAUGGAGAAAGCGGAGGAGCUCUUGGGCGCAGAACUUGCCAAGAACAGCCAGAUGUACUUCGGAAGACACGGUCACAUCCUAACGUUCUCUGUUGCGAAGGGCAAGAUGAUGAACGUGGUUGCUUUCCGCAGUGCGGAAGAGUGGAAGUCAGAUAAAUGGGUCAUGGGAGUAAAAAAGGAGGAUAUGGUCAAUGACUUCAAAGGCUGGGGUGACAAAUCCCAAAAGAUUAUCCAGAUGCUACAGAAACCUGUCGUGUGGGCGCUGUUCGACCACCCGCCGAGCCCGACCUACUACCAAGGACGAGUAUGCCUACUGGGCGAUGCCGCCCAUGCCUCGACACCGCACAAGGGCUCCGGUGCAGGAAUGGCAAUUGAAGACGCCUACAUUCUCGGCAAUUUGCUGGCGAUAAUCAACGGCCCCGAGGAAAUCGAAAUGGCCUUUGCAACGUACAACAAGACGAGAAAGGAGAGGUCCCAGAAGCUGGUGGCGGACAGCCGGACACAGGGGAAGCUAUAUGAGUUGGAGCUGAAGGACGACCCAGAGUGGAUCGCCGACAGCCUAUCAACUCGUAUGGACUGGGUCUGGAAAUAUGACUUGACUCAAGAGCUGGACCAAGGUCGGCGAGAGAUUGAGAAGUACCAGAGCGAUUCGACGACGAGAGCACAAUUGUAACAUCACGGGAGCAACAAGCAAGGCGUGGUUCGAUUCCGCAGCUACUUGUCCAUGACCAGCGCUGGUUUUGCGGGUAGUGCUACUGAAAAUAUGUCGUCGUUCGCCGAGAGAUACUAGCCACUGUCAAAGAAUGCCGAGGGGAACCAUAAUCAUCUUCGAAAAUGACUCUACCGCAGGAACUGUAACUAUGAAGUGAAAUGAUACGCAAAGCAUGGGCAG